AUGGCAUUGCCAAAUGGAGAGCAAUCUACAGAGCUUCUUCGUGCUCAAGCUCACAUUUGGAACCACAUUUUCAACUUCAUAAAUUCCAUGUCUCUCAAGUGUGCAAUCCAACUAGGCAUACCUGAUAUUAUCCAUAAACAUGGCAAACCAAUGACACUGCCCGAACUAGUCUAUGCCCUCCCUAUGAACGAAUCAAAAUCUCAAUUUGUCUCCCGCCUAAUGCGAAUUUUAAUCCAUUCAGGGUUCUUCAUCAACGCCAAAAUCUCCGAGAAUGAAGAAAAUACAGGAUAUUGGCUUACAUCAGCUUCUCGUCUCCUCUUAAAAGACGAGCCUCUGAGCGUGACACCAUUUUUACUAGCCAUGCUUGAUCCGGUUUUGACAGAGCCAUGGCAUCAUCUAAGCGAGUGGUUUAAAAGUGAUCAGAAUCCCACGCCAUUUGAUACUAAACAUGGGAGGAUGCUUUGGGAGUAUGCAGGGCAGGAGCCAAGGUUGAACAGCUUCUUCAAUGAAGCCAUGGCUAGUGACGCACGGUUGGUGACUAGUGUGCUUAUUAGAGAUUGUAAACAUGUAUUUGAAGGUUUGAAUUCGAUUGUAGAUGUGGGAGGUGGAACAGGAACUUUGUCCAAGAUUAUUGCUGUUGCCAAAGGAGACAUGUUUGAAUCGAUUCCUUCUGCAGAUGCAAUCUUACUCAAGUGGAUAUUGCAUGACUGGAGCGAUGAAGACUGUGUCAAAAUACUGAAAAAAUGCAAAGAAGCAAUUCAAAGCACUGAUAAAGGAGGAAAAAUCAUAAUUAUUGACAUGAUUGUAGACAUCCAAAAAGAAGACAAGAAGGCAAUUGAAACACAACUCCAUUUUGAUAUGUUGAUGAUGACUGUUGUCACUGGGAGAGAAAGAAAUGAGAAAGAAUGGGCAACAAUCUUCAAUGAUGCUGGCUUUACUGAUUACAAAAUACUUCCCGUAUUGGGAUUGAGGUCUGUUAUUGAGGUUUAUCCUUGA